AUGCCUCAACCAGAUAGAGCAUUGUUACCCGAGAGACAAAAUAGAUUGAUUUAUGAUGAGUUGAAUUAUGACAGGCGGUCACUGUUAGAAGAGCAUCGUAUAGAUGCUGACAUUGAAGAGAGAAAGAGUUUUUCGGAAUGGAUAUUGGGAAUCGGCGAUGGAAAAGAAAAAACUUAUUUGAGUUAUGAUUCUCCAUGUAAUGCAAGGUCAGACAUUAACAUGUCAGAUGAUGUGCAUACUCCUGAAUUUCUAAACACCAUUGUAUCUUCAGGACUACCAAAUCACAAGUUGAAAUUAAAAGUUGGAGUCCCGGUAAUGUUGUUGAGAAAUAUUGAUCAGUCGUUGGGAUUGUGCAAUGGCACCCGAUUGAUAAUUACAAAAAUGGGAAGAUAUGUCCUUGAAGGUAAGAUUAUAUCAGGUAACAAUGUUGGUCAGAAGGUGUUUAUUCCAAGGUUAUCACUGACUCCAACCGAUAAAAGAAUCCCUUUCAAAUUUCAACGUCGGCAAUUUCCAUUGACGGUAUCAUUUGCUAUGACAAUCAACAAGAGUCAAGGACAGUCACUUAAAUAUGUAGGAGUAUAUCUUCCCCAGUCAAUUUUUUCUCAUGGGCAAUUAUAUGUUGCAUUGUCAAGAGUUACUUCAAAAAAAGGCUUAAAGAUACUGAUAACGAACGACGAAGGUGAAGAUACAAAUGUAACCGAAAAUGUCGUUUACAAAGAAGUCUUUCAUAAUGUUCGGUAG